GUUCUGUUGUCGACGCAUUUGUUGGCAAGCACUACCACCGGCGCAACAAGCGGCAACAGGCGCAACAGCAAGGUGGCUAGCGCAGGCUUCAGGUGCUGUUUUCACGGAAGAAGCUAGGAGUUUGUUUCCGCAUUAGUAGGAGGUUGUUAGCAGGUUGUUAGUAGCUAGCUUGAUCGGGACCAAAUCUAUAAAGGUCACCGCCUAGCUUGUAAUCAGGAUCAUCGAAGAAUAAAGCUCUCCCGCAUUGGGCGCGAGCUGGCUUCGGUCACGGCCGAGGAACCUGUCCUCGCCGGUGACGAAGACAGACCGGCGCCCGUCCACUCCUCGCGUUACGUCCUGCGCUCUCUUCCCCAAUCCCAGCUGCUUCUACGUUCCCCUCUACGCACUCCACGCCGGCCACGCUCCCCACUUCGACGGCGAGACGGAUCCGUUGCCGUGGAUCAACAAGUGCGAGCACUUCUUCCAGGGGUACCGCACCAUGGAGGAGGAGAAGGUCUGGACUGCGUCCCUGCACCUCAACGGCGUGGCGGCAGAGUGGUACUUUCAGCUCGAGCGCGACGUCGGCGUGCUAUCCUGGGCACGGUUCGUGGAGUACAUCAACCUCCGGUUCGGGCCGCCCAUCCGCUCCAGCUCCCUCGGCGAACUGACCAAUCUCCGUCGCUCUGGCUCGGUUGAGGAGUACCAGCGCUGCUUCCUUGCCCUCCUGUGCCGCUGUACUGAUCUGAUCAUGCAACACCAGAUUGAUCUGUUCACUGCAGGCCUAGGGCAACCGCUCUCCUCCGACGAUGGCCAUGAGCCUGGCGCGCGCAUACGAGCGUCGGGGCCUCGAGGCGGCCGCGGUUGGAGUCGCUCGCACGCCGGCCCGGACGCGGACGCCAUCUGGCCCGGGCCACCACGUUCUGGUGCUUCCCGCGCCCGGGGGCGCGACCAAGCCCGACGAACCACCGCGUCCGCGGUUCCGACGCCUCUCGCCGGAGGAGAUCGCUGAGAAGCGGGCGAGCGGGCAAUGCUACUUCUGCCCCGAGAAGUUCACCAAGGACCACAAAUGCGCCGCAAAAGGCGUGUUCCUCUUGGAGAUCUCUGACGAGGAAACGCCUACUGACGCUGAUGCCGACCUGGGCGUCUCGCUCGCGGCACUCACGGGCAUCGCGACGCCACCUGACGCCCAGUUCACCAUGAAGCUACGGGUUCGCGUCCGCGACGUCGAUCUGGUC